AUGGCGCUGGUCCUGGCCUUCCUGGCGUUCGGAGGCAUUGUUAGGGCUCAGCUGGACAAUCCUGGAGCAGCUGUGGUCGCCCACGGGGACGACUCCUCGACCUGGCAGGGCGCCCACCGUUCGAUACUGGAUGACGACGAUGAUGAUGACGAUGAUGACCCGCCCAAGCUGACUUGCGCCCGCAAGAGGUGCCCCGCUGGCUCUUUCUGCGUCACAGUGAAGGGCAAGCCCACCUGCAUCAAGGCCUCGUGCGUGGUGCCCACCCCGGUCAGCCCCUGUGCCGUUAAGAAGUGCGGCAAGGGCAAGAAGUGCAAGGUCGUGGGCAAGCUGGGCCGGUGCGUCAGCAACUGCGACGGUGUCAAGUGCGCCACCGGCAGAGUCUGCCGCCUCACCCUGAAGGGCAACCCGGUCUGCCUGCCAGUUCGCCCCAAGCCUUCCGACGACGACGACGACGACAAGUGA